ACUCAGUGGUUUCUUGGUGACACUAGACAGAGCAACUCCAGCCUUACCACUUCUGGCUUCUCAUCGCACUCAGUCUUGGACUUUGAGGUUUCGCCUCUGUCAGAGGGACGUCUCGGACUUUCUCUUCCAAGUACUUGCCAAUCACCCCUUUAGCAGGGUCUGCACCUCGCCAGAAUGAAGCUAGUUUCCAUCGCCCUGAUGUUCCUGGGCUCACUCGCAUUCCUGGGCGCAGAUACCGCGCGGCUGGACGUGGCGUCCGAGUUCCGAAAGAAAUGGAAUAAGUGGGCUCUGAGUCGUGGGAAGAGGGAACUGCGAGUGUCCAGCAGCUACCCCACCGGGCUCGCUGAAGUGAAGGCCGGGCCUAUCCAGACUCUUGUUCGGUCCCAGGACGUGAAGAGCGCCUCUCGCAGCCCCCAAGCCAGCAGUCCAGACGCCGCCCGCAUCCGAGUCAAGCGCUAUCGCCAAAGCAUGAACAACUUCCAGGGCCUCCGCACCUUUGGCUGUCGCUUCGGAACGUGCACGGUGCAGAAGUUGGCUCACAAGAUCUACCAGUUCACAGACAAGGACAAGGACAACGUAGCCCCCAGGAACAAGAUCAGCCCCCAAGGCUACGGCCGCCGGCGCCGGCGAUCUCUGCCUGAGGCCCGCCGGACUUUGGUGUCUUCCGAGCCACAGGCACGAGCAGCUCCGGCCGCCCGGGUGCACCAAGCACUAGAGGACCUCCUUAGGAUUUAGGUGCCCCUGGCAGCAUUGAACAGUCGCUCAAGCGUCCCGCUGGCGCUUCCCGAAGCAGAGGGCUUGGGACUGAAACCAGGCUGAGACAGUCCUGCUGAGAAACCUCCAAUCCGAGAGGCACCGUUCGGCCAUCAGCCCAGGCUUGGCAGAGCCCCCUCCCCUUCAGGGGCAGCGCUCCCUUUGCUCGGAUCCGAGGGAGUGCCAGGCUCACGGAGAGGACAAACAACUAAAUGCCGAGACCCUCGGGGCAGGGGACCGAGUCCCUGCCUUCUCCGCCCGCAAACUGAUUUCUCAUGGGGUAUCACCCCACCGGGGCUCAAGCCUCAGUAUUACUUGAACUUUCCAAAACCUAGAGAGGAAAAGUGCAAUGCGUGUUGUACAUACAGAGGUAACUAUCAAUAUUUAAGUUGUUUCUGUCAAGAUUUUUUUUGUAACUUCAAAUAUAUAGAGAUAUUUUUGUACGUUAUAUAUUAUAUUAAGGGCAUUUUAAAGCAAUUAUGUUGUCCCCUCCCCCUAUUUUAAGAAAUGAAUGUCUCGGUGCGGUGUAACGUCUGGUUCGUGGCGCGCGCGCGUGUGUGCAUGUGUGUGUGUGUGACAGAGUGCCUGACGACCGCUUGUGGAAGAAGGAAACAUCUUGUCUCUGUACAAUCUAUUUACAUAAAAUGGGUGAUAUGCGAACAGCAAACCAAUAAACUGUCUCAAUGCUGAUUCAUUCUCGGCUCACGAAUCUAGGGAGGAAUCUGGUCCUGGUCCUUGCCGCCUGGUUUGGGAAAGUGGGACAGCAGUGCCUGCUCCUCUCUGCGCGGGUUUAGUUGUCACGAGCUCUGAUCUCGUGGGACACGUAGAGCGCGUGUUCUGGAUGAGGGUCAGGGCUUCGCGGAGACGCCUGAGGU